AUAACAGCAAACAAUGUUUAUAUCAUCAUUUAAGAACGAUUUCAAUUACCUGAUCUUCCCAAGUUACGCAACCAAAACUCAAGAUUUUUCUUGAAUAUCAAAGAUGAAGUUACUAGGUUGGAUGCACAGGAAAUUUCGUCAGAAUAGUAGUGAACCAUUCUUGGUCAUUGGGAAUUCUUGCAAUUGUCUUUCAGGGCAGCCACCACAUGAUGAUGAGCAAAACUAUCAGAAACCAAACCUUGGGAUCAAACUCUCCAAGCAUGCUCAAAAAGGUCACAACCUUAGAAACUCUUUUGCUGGUCUGGAAGCAGCAAGAGUGGAUGAAGACUGUGAGGGAGAAUUCUUCCCUGGCUUCCUGGCAAUUGGAACUCUUGGUUCAGAACAAGUAUCUGACCCCUCAACACCAAUAUUUCCCAUUUCUGUUGAGAGCAUAACUGAAAAAGAAGAUGAAGUCACUGAGAAUGACCUGAAGCUCAUCAAUGAUGAGCUGGAGAAAGUGCUAGGAGCUGAAACCAAGGAUGAUGUCAGCCUUGAUUCAUCAAGGAGGACUAGCCAUGUCAGCACUGGGAGAAGUAGCCAUGUCAGCACUGGGAGAAGCAGCCAUGUCAGCAUAAUAACACUCAGUGGAAAGCCACUAGAAGGCACAGAACCAAAUGGAAAUGGAGCUGCAAUUUGUCCACUCCAGGGAUACCUCUUUGGAACAGCUAUUGAACUAUCUGAAACCACUGCAGCAGCAGCAAAGAAAGAACACAGGACUUCACUUGGGGAGCUGUUCCAGAGAAGCAAAUCAUCAGAGGAGAAUUUCAGUGCAAAAUGUGAAAAGGAGGAGAAAAGAACUGAGAAGGAAGUGGACAAAUCUGCCAUGAACCUGAUGAAAGAAAAGCUGAAAAAGAGAAUGCUCCAUGCUUAUUCUAAGAAUUCUACAUCACUAAAUGGUGGGCCUAUUGAUUCUGCUUCUGCAGAGACAAAACUGAAUAAGAUUCUCCAUAUGUUCCGAAAGAAGGUUCACCCUGAAAGUUCAACAGCUGCACAAAAAUCUGUUAAACACCACAAGAAUCAGAGGAAGAAGAAAAUAAUCAAUGAUGGAGGCUACAACAAAAGUGACCCGGUGCAUCCAGAGGAAGAUUCAUCUGUCAACAGGGAGUACUGGAUCAAAACGGAUGCAGAUUACUUAGUUCUAGAGCUGUGAAAGACAAAGAAGAAAAUGUGCUGGUUAUAAGCUGUCAUCCUCUACUAGUAAUAACGUUUGUAAUGUGAAAACUUAUUUUUAAGAAAUGAAUAAUUGAGGUAGUUUCGGUGUCUACCUCAUGUGUGAAAUGUAAGAUUUGCCUAGUAAUCAUAAAAAGAGAAGAUGAAAAAAAAAAUCAGCUACUGAGUUGACAAUAUAAAUUAUGUAGAAUCACAAAAUCAACAGUCAAAUCAUGAGGAGUCCAUGUGGAUGUUUAUGAUGCGGUGUAGGUGCAUUGCAUCCACGUUUGAAUAAUAAGCAAGUGUAUCUUACAAAAUGAAUAAAUAACUGAAACUAGUUUGUGGA